ACCUUAGUCCAGAUUAUUCUACCAGUACCUCACCGUCUGUGGGACGGAGGGAAUAUAAACCGAGGAGUUCAAAACCAGCGGCUGGAUCUCUUAGUCUUGUAAACGCCAAAACUGAAUUUCUCCUUUUGUUUUUACUUGAUUAUUAUUAUUAUUAUUAUUAUUAUUACUACAACAACUGGGACAACAGCUGAGACACAUGGCACUUCUGAGGUCAGGCUGGCUGUGGAGACAGACUUCUGUCCUAAAACGCUGGAAGUUAAACUGGUGUGACCUUUGGAUAGAUGGGAGUCUUUGCUUCUAUAAGACCGACAGCAGGCGAGACCUGGAGCAUCGCGUCAGCCUCAAGACAGCAUGCAUAGAUGUCAGAUCUGGCCUGGAAUGUGAAGGUGUGACUCCACCAGAGAGUAAUCCCAGGGAGAAUCUCAUUGUGGUUCAGCUCACAAGCGGCUCGUCAGUCAACCUGUGUGCCAACAGCGAGGAUGAAUCCAUAGCGUGGAAACUGACUCUGCUUGACACCAGGAGAAACCCGGUGUUCACGUACGACCCAUAUGAUGACUCCUACCAAGCUGUCCCCAUCAACAGCCACCAUACAGUCUACAUCACACCUGGAGCAGGACCAGGAACCCACCAGGUGGUGGUUCAAAGAGACCCAUUUGAUGGAGUGGCGGAGCAUCUAGCACUGGGAUUACUGGCAGGCAUGGCAGCAGGAACAGCCAUGCGAUCCUUCCUUUGGAUGCCCAUCUUUUUCUGCUGAUGAUCUCCAUUACUGCCAUGACAACACUGUGCACGGCAUGUUAGUCACCACGGACUGGGAGCCUGACAUGAGCAUGUGUAGAAAGCCCCCCCAAAACCCUCAUCUUUUGUAGCAUCUCUUUUCAAAUAAACGUCUGCUGGAACAAACUGCUGCUCUAUUGGUUGUUCUGUUUUUAUUCAAAUGUGCACAUUUGCGUAUAAGACUUAAGAAGCUGAAAAGCAUGCUAUGUAUUUAUGUUAUUCCUGCUUGUACAGCACACGGAAUCUACUCAUGAGCAUUUGCAAACACCAGGAAGUCGAUUUUGUAUGAAUGUUCUUUAAUCUGUUGCCUGAAUUUUACACCUAAUAGAUUGAUAAAAGUGUAGCAUGUACUUGGAAAUAAAUUGAUGUAUUAAAAUAUAA